AUGGCGGCGCUGGGCUCGGCGGCGCUACGGAGGGGCGGCGGCGCGGCCCCCCGGCUCCUCGCCGUGGCUGUGUCCUGCCCGAGCUGCCGGCACAAAGCCACCGGGGACGGUGGGCACGGGCAGCCCCGGGAGCUGCACCCGGCGGCCCCCGGCAGAGUCGGCGGCCAGCCCGCCCCGGCCGAGGGCGCCGACACCAAGACCUACCUGUGGGCCAGGUACCACGAGAUGAAGAAGCUGGUCUACGAUCUCCUUCCACCAGGAGUCUGCAAUCUCCUCAACCCCGCUGCCAUCUAUGCUAACAAUGAGAUCAGCCUGGGAGAUGUGGAGAUCUAUGGCUUUGACUACGAUUACACAUUGGCACAGUAUUCUAAUUUACUACACUCCAUGAUUUUCAACACUGCCAGAGACAUCCUAAUAGAACAAUUCAAGUAUCCAGAAGGGCUUGGGAAGUAUGACUACAUUCCAGGGUUUGCCAUACGUGGGCUUCACUAUGAUGUACAAAAGAGUCUUCUCAUGAAGAUCGAUGCUUUCCAUUAUGUCCAGCUGGGGACUGCGUAUAGAGGGCUCAAACCGGUGCCUGAUGAAGAGGUGAUCGAACUCUAUGGUGGUACACAGCACAUCCCCCUGUACCAGAUGAGUGACUUCUAUGGCAAGGGUCCAUCACUUAAGCAGUUUAUGGACAUUUUUUCUCUUCCUGAAAUGACACUGCUGUCUUCAGUCAUUGAUUACUUCAUCACUCAUGGCAUUGAGUUUGACCAGGUGCAUCUCUACAAAGACAUAUCUGAUGCAAUUAGAGAUGUUCACGUGAAAGGAGUGAUGUACAAAUGGAUUGAAAAAGAUAUGGAGCGGUAUAUUCUGCACGGGGAUGAAAUUUAUGCCGUGCUAAACCGCCUGGUGAACCACAAGAAGAAACUGUUCCUCAUCACAAACAGUCCCUUUAGCUUUGUGGACAAAGGAAUGAAACACAUGGUUGGCAAGAACUGGCGAGACUUAUUCGACAUGGUCAUUGUGCAAGCGGACAAGCCCAACUUCUUCACUGACCGGCGCAAACCUUUUCGAAAACUGGAUGAUAAAGGCUCACUGCAGUGGGACAAAAUAAACCAGCUGGAGAAGGGAAAGAUCUACAAAGAGGGUAACCUCUUUGAUUUCCUGAGGCUGACAGGCUGGCGUGGAUCCAAAGUGCUCUACUUUGGUGACCAUCUGUACAGUGACCUUGCGGACCUCAUGCUGCGUCAUGGCUGGAGGACUGGAGCCAUCGUUCCUGAACUGGAGACGGAGAUCCGGAUCAUAAACACGGAGCAGUACAUGCACUCCCUGACCUGGCAGCAGGCUUUGACAGGGCUGCUGGAGAGAAUGCAGAUGUAUCAGGAUGCAGAGUCAAAGCAAGUUUUGCUGGAGUGGAUGAAGGAACGGCAGGAGAUCAGGUCUCUGACGAAGAACCUGUUCAACCCCCAGUUUGGAAGCAUCUUCCGCACCUUCCACAACCCCACGUACUUCUCCCGCCGGCUGGUGCGGUUCUCUGAUAUCUACAUGGCUUCCAUCAGCUGCCUGCUCAACUACGACGUGAAUUUCACCUUCUACCCCCGGCGCACCCCUCUGCAGCACGAGGCUCCGCUCUGGAUGGAUCAGCUCUGCACAGGCUGCAUGAAAACCCCCUUCCUGGAGGAGAUGGUGCACAUCCGGUGAAGGGCAGGUAUUGCAGGCAGCAGCAGCACGGCCGGGGCCGGAGCGGGGCCGGCCACUCGGCCGGCAGCACCUCUGUCUACCACUAAAGGGCGUUUGACACUUGCGUAUGUGUGUAGGUGGUGUGUUUAUUUUCUCCCUUCACUGGCUCCAUCCCUUUCCCUGAAGUGCAGUGCAGGCUGGACAGAGGAUGGGUGCUUGUGCAGGGAGUCCUCUCUAGGAGUAGGUGAGAUGGAGGGGCCAAUGCUGGUGGUGGGACCCUGUCCCUCCCUGCUCUGUGCCCACACAAGUGGCUCAGGUAUGGAGCUCCAUGACUCCAGUGCUUGGUGACAACAACCCAUGGGAGGUGUGACUAGGUGUGUCAGGUCUGCUGCCCCCAUAGCCUGGGACUGCAGCAUGAGUGAUUCUGCAGAUGGACAGGGAGGGUCAGGGCUGCCAGCUGGGCAACCACUCAAGCCCAGCAGUGAGUGCAUCACCGGACAAAGCAGCAGCAGCAAUACCUGUCCAGCAGCCCUCAGCCCCAUCCUGCUCCCUACCAGACUGGUCUGUGCAGCUGGGGACCUUGUUAGGUCACUGGGCAGGAUGUGCAAGCCUUGGGUGUGGGAGUAGGUCACAGGGUCUCAGAGUUACUGUCUGGGGACAUGGCUGCUUUUUGAGAAAGCUAAGGCUGUACACUGUUGGUAUUUUUGGGUUAGGUGCCAUGUGACAUCACUACUUUGGCAAUUGAUGUGGUGUGGUGUGCUGUGGGGUGCAGAGGGAUGUGUUCAGCCCUCCAGGGAAGGUGCAGGGCUGGCAGCAGAGGUGGUGACUGUCCAUCGGUUUGCUGAGAUGUGGCCUAAGGUGGCUGGAGGGGCAGGUGAGGAUGUUUGGGGAGGGGUGUGAAGUGCUGUGGGGAGCAGGGCCAGACAAAGCCCUGUGGUGCCUCCUCAGCAGGAGGAAGAGCAGAGAGAUGCUGAUGCCAGAGUCCAUAGGAAGAGACAAAGGAGGCCCAGGAAGGUGAGAGCUGAUUUAGGAUAUGAGGUGCAGAAAGGUGGGCUCUGCACCUGGCUCAGGACCUUGCUGGUCCUGUCCAGGCUUCAGAUUGUCCCAGGGCCAUGCAGGAUGUUGGGGAGGGGUAGAGGGCAGGUGAGGUGGAAAGGAGGUGUAGGGAAUUUGUGCCACUCUGAUACUGGUUGGCCCCAAGAGCCAGGAGCUCAUGCCCUCAUUGUUGGUGUGUGGGAAGUGAUGGCUAUAGGAUGAAGGGGUGGCAAUACUGAUUGUCUUGGUCCUCCUUCUCUUCCCUCACUGCUGCACCAUUAACAGAUGGCAACAAGUGUGACAGUGCCAGCUUGCUCACGGGCAGUCAGUGUUGCGGGGACAGGGAGGAGAGAGGGGACAGAGAAAGGAGGGCCUGGCACUGAGCAGGCACAGAGGAAGUGAAGAGUUACUGCAGUGGGUAAGGGCUGUGGGUUUGGAGGGAGCUGGGUACCAGGGGUGUAUGAGCACUGGGCUGUGGUGAUGGCUCCAAGUGGAACCAGGGCACUGUGGAGGACCCUGUGCCAGGACCUGUGGCUCAGAGAAAGGUGCUGUGUGUGUCAGCAACCCUCAGCGAGUCUCGCACACAUACACACACACACACAACACACACACAGUCUUCUCCCACCUGUUCCUCCCCUGUGCUGUGCCAGGCUGGCCUGUCAGUCUGUCACUUGUGUGUCACUGCCUUGUCUUUGUGCCAUGUGCCAGCCUGUCGCACACUUUCAAGAUGCCUUGUGCUCAACUCAGUGGCUUGGACAAUCUGUUAACGUGGCUGUUCUAAUCAAACACCUGUAGCAGGUGCAUGUUCACUUGUCUUUGUGCUGUGUGUAGUGUGUAGCUCAAUAAAUGUCUGCAGCACGUGUAA